UUUCGCUGCUUGAAGCGUGUCGAAGUGGUCCACUGGAGCGUUCAGUUGACAGUGAGCAGCAGGGCAAGUUGACCACACACUCUCAUUCUUUCCAUGUUCUGUCUGUCGUGCCACUCUGCAGGUGUGUGUUUGAAUGCACAUGAUUCAUCAGAUCACAGCAGCAGGCGACCUGGCUGCGGCCACACACAUGACGGCCUCUGUGAUGACAGCAACCGGAGGUGACAACUCAUGCGGCAGCAACGCGCACAUGGACCACUUGGUAAGUCGUGCAGAGAAGGCUCUCAAAUCAAUCAUGCACCUGGUGUUGUGACUUGUAUGUGUGCAGACUUUGCUGGACAACAUCCGUCACACGCUCGUCAGACUGAAACAAGUGCACUCGCAGGUGUGUACCACCCAUCCCUCUCUUCGGCAGCCAAUGCCUGACUGCCGUGUGCAUGUUCCAUGUGUAUGUAGGAGCCGCCAGAUGCACUCAAUUUCCUGUCUACGAAGGCUCAGGUGACACAGAGAGGGGAGCGUGCGUGUGCUUGACUUGACGUGUCUAUGUGUGUGCAGGAGUCGCCCAUGAGUGCAUCUCGCGUGGAGAUGGCCAAUCGGGUCCUGCGGGAUCUGUCGUCGUCGAUGGAGACCUACAACGCCGCCAUAUCGCGCCUGAAGGGCCUGGCACUGGUACGCCUGACGGGUCUGUGCACAGCGUCUGACUGGCUCAUCUUGUCCUCUCCCUGCCUGUGUGGUUGGUUCAUGCAGCUGGAGGGAAACACCAAGUUGUUUAAGCUCCGCCCUCCGGAGGAGGCCACCACGUCACGUGGGAAGGAGGUAAAUGAUGCUACAAGUAGGUGUCCAGUCUCGCCCAUAUAUCCUCAUGUGUGUUGCUGCGUCCAUGCAGGCUAAGGUCGGUGCCACGAGCUCUCGUGUCCAUGCACCUGCUGCGUCCUGCUCGUCGUCGUCGUCGUCGUCGUCUGCUGCUGCUGCUGGUGAUGCCUCUGACGCGGGCUCAUUCGCGCAAGAGCUGUACGGCCUGCCAGUGGAAUUGCUCCACGACGUCCUCCCCAAAUACAUCAGGCCGGACGAGACCAUCGGCCUCGUCAAGAUCAGCUUCGCCAUCGCCCGCACAUCACACGCCGGCAGCGGUACAGUCGAGGCAGCGAUGGCUUCGGCCGUCACUAGCCUCAUCGAGCGCAAUGGCCUUCGUGGCGUGCUCGAAUACCAGCCGUCAGGUCAGUGGGGCGGCUGCCGUCGGGUCUUCCGACUCAUCCGGCUUUUUUUCAUACUGGAGAGGGGCGGCAACUGGGCGGACAGCGUGCCGCUGCUCAGCUUUGCCCACAGCUACAAGCGCAUCCGACAGCUGCCCAUUCAGCUUUCUACGGGUGCUGUGCGGCGUGGGACCGUCGGCAGCAAGGCGGUACUCGACAGUCGUCCGGCGAGCCUGCGACAAUACAUCCUGUUCAGCCAUCUGUUAGGCCAGGACAUGAUGCUGACGCGGACGGCAGACGGGAGGGAGUGGCUCGGUCUGAAUACCGGGACGGUUAUCUCGUACCCUCCGUGGACAGGUAAUGUCAUGUCAGCUUGCAUGGAUUCGUCUGUCCAUCGGUCCCCGAUCUCUUUGCUUGUGCAGAUGGUACGUUGGUGUAUCGAACCUUACGUGGAAUGAUCAUUGCUCGGUAGGCCGGCCGCACACACAUCAGAGCACACGACGGCAGCAAAUCUUAUCCUCUGGCUUCAGAAUGGCCGAACAGGGGUCACGUUGCGUGGCGCAUGUGGAGCAUCGUCGGUCGUCCGCUGCGUGUGCUCGCAUUGCAGCACUGAUCACCGAGCCAGCGCCAGUGUGGGGUCGGCAGAAUAUUGUCGACUGCACCAGCCGGCUGGGCCUGCCAUCGCGAUACGUCUUCUUGUGUGGCCACAGGCCGUCCGACCUCUUUGCGGCACACAUCAAGAUGGUCAAGUACGGUGAUGGAUCGACGGGCAUCUCACUCUGGAGCAGUCGUGAUUGCGAGGAUGCCAAGAACAAUCCUGCGGCGGCCCUCGCUCGCCACGUGAUGCGAAGCGACGCGUGGCUGAUCCCAGCGGUCAACGAGGCGACAUCUGCAGACAUGUAUGAGCAAUAGGUGUACACACAGGGAUAGAUGCACGAGAGUGCAGUGAAGCAAGCAACAUGGCAAGCAAGCCGCUGACGUAUUUUUUUGUUUUGUGUUCAGGUGGUGGCGGCGGUAAUGACUGUCAUCUCUGUGCACACUACGUUCUUUGGCGGUCAUGCAUGAGUGCAUGUAUUAGAAAUGUAAACCAGUGGUGCCUUCGUCAAUUUUUUUGGCGGCAGCUGUACAGUGAUUGGCGUUCUUGUGUCUCUGCCGAUAGCGACACCUGUGCAUGUACUGACUACAGCUGAGCAACUAACACAAUUGUG